AUGGGCUCUCGUGGAAAACUCGCCCCCGAAGUAAAUCGAGCACUCUUCGUCAAGAACCUCAGCUACAACGUCACCACCGAAGAGCUUUUCGACCUCUUUGGCAAGUUUGGGCCCAUUCGACAAAUCCGUCAAGGCAUCGCUGCCAAUACCAAGGGUACCGCUUUCGUCGUCUACGAAGAUGUCAUGGAUGCGAAAGGCGCUUGCGACAAAUUGAACGGCUUCAAUUUUCAGAAUCGUUAUCUCGUCGUUCUCUACCACCAGCCAGAGAAGAUGGCCAAGAGCCAACAGGAUCUCGCCGAACGCCAGGAGAACUUAGAACGUCUCAAACGCGAGCAUGGUAUUCAGUAGAGGCGCGAGGGAGCUGUAGCAGUCCGGAAGCUGCAGCUCCCAAAGCGAUCGACUUCGCAGUACAACCAUCGAAGCCGAAGAAGAACAUUCGAGACCCUUACGAGAAGCAUGAAAUACCCAAGACAUUUGCGAGUACGACACCUAGGGCAACGGGUAGCAUGGAGGCCCACAGAGCGGCGACAUACCAUCAUCCGAAUAAGGAGAAUAUGGGCAUCUUGCGGCGUUUGAAGGAUGCUGUGCCUGCCAAAUUUGGUGGCAAGCAAGCAUGAUUUUUACUUUUCUAUGGCAUUUUGGACGAGGCGAUCACGGCGCUGGAGGGCGUCAACGCUGGUACAACGGCUCAGACUGCUACGGCUGCAAUAUCACGAUCGAAUUGACAAGGUUAAGUGCUU